CUUUUCCACAUUCCCCAAUCAUCAAACACAACAUUUCAUCAUUCAAAUUCUUCCAUAACCAUCAAAACCAAUAAAAAAGUCUAUCUAAAAAUACAAACAAAGCAACUAUAGAAGAUGAAACAAGUAACUCACUUUUUCUUCUUUUUCUCACUUUUUCUUCUCUUUUCUACCACCUUAUCAGUUUCACAAGCACCUGCAUCAUCCCCAAAAUCCUCAACAAAAACUCCCACAGCACCAUCACCAAAACCAUUAGUCCCUAAAUUACCUGAAUCACCAGACUCGACAGAUUCAGUCCCGGACGACAUCACAAGAAUCCUUGUAAAGGCGAAAACAUUCUCCGUCCUAAUCCGUCUCCUAAAAUCAACAGAAAUCAUGAGUAGCAUAAACUCACAGCUCAUCACAGCCAAAACCGGCGGCUUAACAAUCCUUGCACCGGACGAUUCUGCUUUUUCAAGCCUCAAAGCCGGGUUCCUUAAUUCCUUAGACGAAAACAAAAAAAUCGAACUUUUACAAUUCCACAUCUUACCCCAAUACGUAGCCAGCUCAAAUUUCGAUUCUUUAAGCAACCCUGUUCAAACGGUAGCCGGUAAAGACCCAACAAGGCUUCCACUUAAUGUUAAUGCAUUAGGUAACAGUGUUAAUAUUUCAACUGGUGUUGUUAAUGCUUCCAUUGUUGGCAUUGUUUACUCCGAUAACAAGCUCGCAAUUUAUCGACUGGAUAAAGUGCUUCUUCCUCUUGAUUUCUUUAAAACUAAAGCACCUGCUUUGGCUCCAUCACUUGCUGCUAGUGCUAAGGCUCCUAAAGCUGCUAAGGAGAUUUCUUCAAGUGAUGAUCAAGAUGAAAAUGAUCAGGAUCAUGGUAAAUCUGGAACAGAGAGAUUAUGUGGAUUUCUUGGAACAACGUUGGUGUCUCUUGUUGUUGUUGUCACAAUGAUGUGAAGUUGAUGAAUGGUUUCCAUUUUGAGUUUUCUAUGUCAAUCACACACACACAGCCAUGUCAUUUUUUUUUUGUUUUUGCUUUUUAUAUAAAUUUUCAAUAUAUUUCUUGAUUUCUUGUAUAUUCUCGUUAUGAAGAGGAUGUGAAUCCUUGUGUCACUUUUGUUGUAUAAUCAUUUUUAUUGUAUAAAAAAGUUUGAUUUUUAAGAUUAA